AUGGACAAACGCUCCAAUGUCAAGAAGCUGGCAGACCAGUCAGAAGUCAUUCGCCUGUUAGAGGCUGACAAAGUGCCAUGGUACAAGAAGCCUAAUCUUCGAUUACUCUACCUGUGUCUCAUUCCUGCUGCCCUUGGUGUUGAGAUGACAACGGGUUAUGAUGGAUCAGUUCUCAAUGGCCUCCAAGCCGUCGACUCGUGGCAGACCUACUUUGGACACCCAAAAGGCGCCUUUCUUGGUGUGAUGAAUGCAUCUUAUAAUUUGGGAGGCUUACUGUCACUGCCAUUUGUUCCAUACGCCAAUGACAGGUUCGGUCGAAAACAUAGCAUCACAUUUGGUUCCAUCGUCCUGCUCAUUGGGGUCAUUUUGCAAUCUUGUUCUCAGAACGCCGGCAUGUUCCUUACAUCUCGCCUCGUCCUCGGUACAGGAAUCCCAUUUGCCGUCUCUGGUGCCUCCCAGCUCCUGGCGGAACUGUCAUACCCAAAAGAACGAGCUGUCCUCAUCGGCUUAUUCAACACCUCCUGGUUCAUUGGCUCUAUCCUAGCUGCCGGCGUUACCCUCGGCACGUACAACAUAAAGAACGACUGGGCUUGGCGCAUCCCUUCGAUCCUCCAGGGUGCACCGUCGAUCCUGCAGCUCAUUUUUAUCUGGUUCAUCCCCGAGUCGCCCAGAUGGCUCCUGUCGAAGGACCGUUCCGAGGAAGCCUUUGAGGUCCUGGUCAAGUACCACGGCGAGGGAGACCGCGAAUCGACCUUUGUCAUUGCUGAAUUCGCCGAAAUAUCUGCACAGCUGAAGAUGGAAAUAGAAAAUUCAAAGGCACGUUGGAUCGAACUGCUUCAAUCCCCGGGAAACAGAAAGCGGUCUCUGAUUGCCGUUUGUGUCGGCAUUUUUACGCAGUGGUCCGGCAAUGGGCUUGUCUCAUACUACCUUGCGAAAGUCCUUGCAACGGUCGGCGUUACAGACAGGAAGACCCAAAACGUCAUCAAUCUCUCACUCUCAAUCUGGCAGUGGAUCUCGGCAAGCGUGUGUGCUUUUAUCACCACCUACCUCUAUCGCCGCACCCAGUUCUUAAGUAGUUUCGUCGGAAUGCUGGUCAUGUUUUCCAUAUGGACAGGUGUCAGUGCAAGCUACGCCCAACAUACCUCAACCGCCGCGGGCACGGCUGUCGUAGCAAUGAUUUUCCUCUAUAAUACAAUGUACAGCAUCAUGCAGCCAUUGACGUACGUUUAUGUCACCGAGGUCUUCUCCUACGUACACCGAGCCAAGGGAGUGGCGGUCCUGCAAUUCUUCACGCGCGGCAGCACGGCAUUCAACUCAUUCGUCAAUCCGAUCGGCAUCGAUUCGCUGCAAUGGAGGUUUUAUCUAGUCUACGUGGUCUGGCUCGCUGUCGAAGGUUUAAUCGUAUAUUUCUUGUACCCUGAAACCAAGGGGCCGACCCUUGAAGAAAUUGCAUGCAGUUAG